AGGAGUAUUCUUUUAGUGUUCUCUCAUCAGGGAAAACUAAUUUUUUUGCAUAUCCUGGCCACUAAAUUGGGUCUAAGAAAACGAUUUCGUAGAAAAUUAAAAAUGGGUUAUAGAACUCUUUUAGAUUUAAUAGUUUUUUGUGCUUUAUAAAAGGGUCGAAGAUUUGUUCUUUGCUUGUUAUAUAAUUGAUAUCAACAUCUACUGUUGAUUUGCUAUAGAACAAGCUGAUUCUUGCUGAGUAUGUACUUGAGUUGUUUUGUAUCCUGACCUAGAUAAUCUAAAAUGUUUUCCUUGAUCUUAUAAAGGUUUACAAGAAAAAGAUCUAUAAGAUACUAAUUUAUCUUUGGGGGAAAGCUAUUUCGUUUCCUUAAACUUGUCCAUUUCCGCAAUUAUAGAGAAGGAGCUUGUCAAUAAGUAUGGGGUUGGUGCUUGUCAAUAAUUCUUUAUUUGUUUUGACACGUGAAAGAGUUGAAGACUUUUCUGUGAUGAAAAUCAUAAAUAUUGAGAAUCUGGAUCUAUGUUCAUCUGUUUGAUCCGUGAUACUUACUAGGCAUGUGCUUACACCUUAGAUUUCAACAAUUUCCCGACAAUGUUGACAAGUUAUCUAUCAUUAUCUGAAUGUCAAUUCCUGCAUGAUAUGAGGAUUAGUAAAAUAUAGAAUGUUGCUAUGCUAUAUUGCCAGUUUAUUGUUCAGUAGGGGUUUAUGGCCCUUUGUUACCUCCUAACAAUGAUGCCAUUACAAUUCAUUCAGAUAAAGUGAAUAACACGUUGAAGAUUUCAGACAUUACUUUCCUGGUGAAAUAUGGAUGAUGACAUAUAAUGGCCUGGAAACUUGCAUUAUCAACAAUCAAUCUUAUGAGGAUGAAAGUAGAACAAGUCGAGGAGAUGGUUGCCUCACUGACUCGUUGGAUGAUGAUGCAUUUUCAAGCUGUUCAUCUAGCAAAGAUGCCUUCGGGUCCUUUUCAUCAAAAUGUUUGCCAGGAAAGCGUGAAGAACAUGGUUCAGAUUAUUGGGAUUUCCCUGAUAGUCCUCAACAUUUCUAUGCUAAGGAGAAACCUGCUUACCCUCUCCAUCAUUCUGACGUGGAAGCCAUGAAAGAGAAAUUUUCAAAGCUAUUGCUUGGUGAAGAUUCCACCGGGGGACGCAAGGGUGUCCAGACUGCUCUGGCUUUGUCAAACGCUAUAACAAAUCUUGCAACCUCAGUUUUUGGUGAGCUCUGGAAGUUGGAACCCUUGUCCGAGGAAAAGAAGGACAAAUGGCAAAGAGAAAUGGAUUGGUUACUCUCUCCAACUAACUAUAUGAUCGAGCUAGUCCCUUCGAAGCAAAAUGGUGCCAAUGGAAGAUCACUCGAGAUAAUGACCCCGAAAGCCCGUGCGGACAUUCAUAUGAAUCUCCCAGCUCUGCAGAAAUUGGACUCCAUGCUAAUUGGGACACUGGACUCAAUGGUAAAUACAGAGUUUUGGUAUGAUGAAGUAGGACGCAGAGCAGAGGGGAAGAACAAGAGUACAAGGGAGAGCAAGAGAUGGUGGCUUCCAUUGCCACAGGUACCGAGGCCUGGUCUCUCUGAUUCGGGAAGGAAGGAAUUGCUUGACAAGGGCAAGGUUGUUUAUCAAGUCUUCAAAGCUGCAAAAUCUAUAAACGAAAACGUUCUCCUUGAAAUGCCAGUGCCCACCAUUAUCAGGGAUGCAAUACCAAAGUCUGGAAAGGCAAGUCUUGGUGAUGAACUGUACAGAAUGUUGGCCGCAGAUUCGACCUCGAUCGAUGAAAUCCUUAGUUCUCUGAAGAUGGGAACCGAGAAUACUGCGCUUGAGACUGCUAAUAGGUUAGAAGCAGCUAUAUUUGCAUGGAAAGAGAGGAUUGCAGAACAAACCAGCACCGGGAGAUCCCCUGUCCGAACAUCUUGGUCAUUCAUGAAGGACCCAUUGUCUGAAACCGGACGCAUUGAGUCACUCCUGAACCGGGCAGGGGAGCUUAGAGAACAGAUUAAAGCCAAAUUCCCAAAUCUGCCUCAGUCAUUUCUUGAUGCCACUAAGAUUCAGUAUGGAAAGGAUAUAGGGCAUGCGAUUCUGGAGGCAUAUUCCCGGAUACUAGUGAAUUUGGCAUUCAGGAUACUAUCUAGGAUGGGCGAGAUCUUGCAAGAAGAUGCUCUCAGCAACCCUAACUCUCCGGCCCCGCCGAGUUGCUUUCCCGGGACUGACAACCUCUGCAAAACCCCUGAAAGGCCCCUGAUUUCGUCCCGUGUGAGGCAUUCCCUCCUCGUUGACAUGAACAAAGCUGAUGGUACGAGCAAAGCUGAUGGGACAUGAAAGCCUCUACUUGAUCCAGAGGCUAUCAGAAUGGAAUCCUGCGAAUAGAGUACGUUAAUGCAGGAACGUGCCGAUUCCGAGAGAUGUAUGUUAUAUAUUAUAUAAAGCAGGUUAUGGGUUUGCCUUGUGUCACAAGGCAAUUUUGUUCAUAGAUUGGUGUUUAAUCCUUAUUGGGCCU